CGCUCUUUAUCCCCGAACCUCCGUCUCUCUACCCUAUAUUCGUGCACCAAAAAUAAUUUUCAACGGGCCGUUCUAGAUGUGACAGGAAAUCCAAAUUUCUCUUUCUCGAGUAGAUCCGCAUCACAAUUUUCGAUUUAGGUUUUGUUUUGUUAGUUGAUUAGUCUAAAGUAGGAGCUAUGGCUCCGCCACCGGUAGAUCGGAACGGAGGGGAAUCGACGGCCGGAGAGAUGCCGAGAUGUGUUCCGACGCCCUUUUUGACCAAAACUUACCAGCUGGUUAAUGAUUAUACCAUUGAUGAUAUCAUCUCAUGGAAUGAAGAGGGAUCUGCUUUUAUCGUAUGGAAUCCUACGGAGUUUGCUAGAGAUUUGCUUCCAAAGUAUUUCAAACACAACAAUUUCUCAAGCUUUGUUCGUCAACUCAACACUUACGGAUUUCGAAAGGUUGUACCUGAUCGAUGGGAAUUCUCAAACGAAUGCUUUAGGAAGGGCGAGAAAAAGCUUCUGUGUGAUAUUCAACGUCGGAAAAUAGCGACACCGUCUUCAACCUCUGCGGCGCCGUCGGUGACGGAGGCGGCAGCGCAGGUGGUACAGUGUACACCUCAGCCGCGGGCGACUUCCCUGACAGAUUCAGGUGAAGAGCAAGUUCUUUCAUCGUCGAACUCCCCUCAAGUUGUUAGCGAAACGAGUGGCGGCACGACGGACCUGAUUAGAGAAAAUGAUAGGCUAAGGAAGGAGAACGUGCAGCUUAACAAAGAGCUUGGCAAGAUGAAGAGUCUGUGCAACAAUGUUUAUGCUAUGAUGUCGAAUUACGCAACCAAUUGCAGUAGCCAUGAAUAUGGCGAUCAUAAUAACAGAGUUCAAUCUACUGAGCCGCUGGAUCUACUACCGAUGAAAAGAUUUUGCAAACAGUUGCAAGGCGUCGCCACCGCCGUUAACGGCGGCGUAGAGAAAAAUAUGAGAUUAGAAGCGGAGGAAUUGAGCUCGAGAUUGUUCGGGGUGCCGAUUGGUGUGAAGCGCGGAAGGGAAAUCGAAGGUGGUGGUUCGGUGGAGCAUGAGAUGGAAUUGCAGCUGCAGCAGCCGGGGAUGGGCGUGAAAUCUGAGCCGUUGGAUAGACGGAAUAGCCUCGAUGAUCAGGCGAUUAUGCGAUUGGAAGGCCUUGAUUCGCGUGAUCAAAAGACGGGUAAUUGGUAAGGAUGGGAUAGACGGUAGCGAGUAAAAAUUAAUUAAACAGGUGUAAAAGGGUCUGUACGAGGUGGGUCACGUGCUCGCUAAAUGGGUCACGCGCGUCGACAAUCUUUGUAAGAGGGCCUUUCUUCAGGAAGCUUCUGGGACUUUUUCAGGAAAACCUUUUAUUAUUGUUAUUUUUUUUUCAAGAUUUUCGGGAAAAAUAAAUAAAACCAUUAUCUUCUUUUUUCAAGCAGUGUAGUGUGCUCAUUCCUGCAUGGGAAGUAAUUAACAUUAAUGUUUUUUAA